ACUGUUAUGUUAAGGUUGAACUUAUUUCUGGCCAAAUGGACAGUAAAAUUGUUGCCAGUGCAGGAGUCAUGCUCAGAUGUUAAAUGGGGCUGAAAUGAUCCUAAAUUACCAAUAAUCUGAACAUGGGAUGCAAGAUUAUAUAAAAUAGAUGAAUUUAUUUUGUAUAUAGAUCCCACCCUAUCCCGAUUGUGCCCUCUCUUUUUCUAGGAAUGGUGUAAUGCUAUGGUUAUGGUCACAUCCUGAUGAGGAAUUAGCAUUAAAAUUCAGGUUUUCAAAAGUCUGGUUUACUUUUAAGAGAAGUGCAGUUUAGGCCUCAAAUGGGGGAUCAAAAGCGUUUUGUCCAGAUGAUGUGAGUUGACACUGGCAUAUUUGGAGACAAGAUACUAGGCUUGAUUAGAAUAGGGUACACCAGCCAUGAUCCACUGAAUAAGCCUUAUGCUUAUGCUACUCAAAACAUGAGACUUACAUUGGCAUUAAAUACAGCAGAACAAGUCAGACAAAUCACAAAUCAAAGAGGUGCAGUCAGGUCAGCUUUAAUCAUCAAGUCCACCGAGUGUGUGCUGUCAACCACAGUCCUCACAGAUCCCCAUGCAGACUGAGGGACUGCUGGUAUAUAGGUCGAACAGUCUUCAGGCCACACUAUAUCCGACAUACACUGAACGCAUCAAAAGAAACACAUCCUGCUGCCGUCAUUACGCACAGCGACGUAACCCGUUUGUCCAAUCAGGUGAAGAGCCUGAAGCUCAGGAAAGGAGCAGAUGAUAUGGCAGCUUUGAGAGCGACCAGGUGGAACUUGCUUUGUUAACACGGAUAAACCUCUGGUUCUGAGAGCAGCGGGAGUCAGAGGCGGCAGCUGCUCGAGAUGAUUUACUUAAUAUUAAUCUCCGCGUUCUCCGGAGCAGUCGUUACGUUGCUAUUACAGUUCUUGCUGAUCUACCGGAGAAACAUCGAGCCAAUAGGCAGGACAGUACAGUAUGUCAAAGUAGUGCCUGAUAACGCACUGAAGGAUUACUUUAAUACCCAACAUGCCGAACCAGGCCAGCACCAGCAGGACAGCACGGCAUCCACCGCAUCCAAGCAGCCAGAGGCUGGCUCGGCCCGGCAGCAGGAAGCGGCUGUCAGCGGCGGCAGCCCCAAACAGCCGCCGCCUCCUCACAGCGAGCCCGCCGAUGCGGCCAAGCCCGAGACGUGCAAUUUCCUAAACGCGAUCUUUUUGUUCCUGUUCAGGGAGCUCCGGGACACCCCUGUGGUCAGACACUGGCUCACCAAGAAGAUCAAGGUGGAGUUUGAGGAGCUGCUGCAGACCAAGACAGCCGGACGGCUCCUGGAGGGACUCAGUCUCAGGGAUAUUUCCCUGGGCAAUUCUCUGCCAGUCUUUAAGACGGCCAAACUUAUGAAGCCGGUGCACCUGAACGAGGACGGCAUGCCCGAGGAGCUCAACUUCGAGGUGGACAUCGAAUACAAUGGCGGCUUCCAUCUGGCCAUCGACGUCGAGCUGGUGUUCGGGAAGUCUGCCUACCUGUUCGUUAAAAUGAGGCGCGUGGUGGGUAGGCUGAGGCUGCAGUUCACGCGCAUGCCCUUCUCCCAUUGGUCAUUCUCCUUCCUCGAGGACCCGCUGGUGGAUUUUGAGGCGAAGUCCCAGUUUGAAGGAAGGCCGCUGCCUCAGCUCACCUCCAUCAUAGUCAACCAGCUGAAGCGCGUCAUCAAAAAGAAACACACCUUACCAAACUACAAAAUCAGAUACAAGCCCUUCUUCCCGUUCCAAGUCCAGGCUCCGCUCGGUUCGGCUUGUGAUUUGGACCUGUCAGUCCAGGACAGCAGGCUGGUGGAAGGCCGACUCAGAGUUACCCUCAUUGAAUGUAGCAGACUGUUCAUCCUGGGCUCCUAUGACAGAGAAACCUAUGUUCACUGCACCUUGGAGCUGAGCAGCCACCAGUGGAAGGAGAAGACUCGCAGCUCCAUCAAACAGACGGAGGUUAUCAAGGGGCCAUGUGGCAGUGUGGGGAUGACGUUCAGACAUGUCCCUGCCAGUGAGGGGGAUGCAGUGCAUGUCAGCAUCGAGACAGUCAUGCCCAACUCGCCUGCAGCCUUGGCAGACUUGCAAAGGGGUGAUCGCCUAAUCGCCAUUGGAGGUGUCAAAGUGACAUCCUCAGUUCAAGUGCCCAAACUACUGAAGCAGGCUGGAGACAGGGUGGUGGUACUUUAUGAGAGACCUGUUCGUCACCAGCCUCCCUCUUUUGGAAGCCUGGGAACUCUUCAAGAAGGGUUUGGGCAGCUUGAGGAAACAGGUUUUAUUUCCCAGCCAGGGGGUUAUGAAGAAGACCCAGCCCCUAUCACCACCCUUUCUGACAUAUCCGACAGCAAAGACAUUGACUCUGAGUUUGAAGAGUUGAUUGUGGACUCUAGUGUGAAACCUAGCCAGACAGGUGGCCCUAACAGCAGUAUCACAAAUACCAGUGACACUAAGGAUGAUUCCUUACUUACAGUAAACCAAAGCCCCAAAAGAACUGUGGCCAACUUGGCCUCUAAACCCCUUGGUACCAUAUCACCUAUACUCAACCGCAAGUUAAACCUGGUGGGUCUCCAGUCACCACUAAAGCCCCAGCCCAAAGAAUCACCGAAGCCCUCACCACAUAAGACAAGUAGUGAUCCAGGGGAGGGUGUGCAACGCCCUACUGUCCCUCCCCCACCUCCUCCUUCUCGACCCCCAGUGCCGCCAAGACCUCAGAUAAGGUUGACAUCAGCCUCUUCAGAAACCAGUCUUUUGGAAGGCGUUGAUUCUGUUACAACUACAAAUGCUACUGUUGCUCCUACCGUAACUACCAGCAGCUCUGAAAAAUCUCCAGAAAAAGUUCCUCUCGCUGGAGCCAGUGAGGACAAGGCUGGAACUGAGAAGAUAUGUGUCAAACAGGCUGAGGUGAAACAGAUUACCAGGCCAGCAGAGUCCAGUGAUGAGCUGCCAGUCCCUUCCACUGUGACCAGCAGCAGCAAGGCCGACCAAGCAAAGGACAAAACAUCAGAGAGUUCCUGCAGCACACGGGAUAUUCUAGAGGACCACUCUCUCUGGGAAUCCCCAGAAACCAUGUUUCGUCACCAGACAGCACGCUGGCCCAAGGCCUCUAUGGUGUUUGAGGUGGAGAGCAACCAUCAGUAUCUUAAUGUCGCCCUGUGGUGCAAAGAUCCCUUUAAGCUUGGCAGUUUGUUGUGCCUGGGUCAUGCCAGCCUCCAGCUGGAGCAUUUAGCCAUGGAAUGUAUGGCCACAUCUUCUGCAGAGUACCAGAGCACCUUUAGGUUGGGGCCUCCAGAACCCAGAGCUAACGUCAGCCGUACUGCACUACGUAGCCUGAGCACCCAUAAGGGCUUCAAUGAGAAGCUGUGUUACGGAGAUGUUACUCUGAACUUCUGUUACUUAGCUGAGGGUGAAUUAGAGUAUCCAGGAGGGCUGGCAGAACGGGAGCGAGAGGGAAGUCUCCAUGAUGAAGAUCUAAGAGAGAGAGAGCGGGAGCAUAUCCCUUCAGCACCACGUGAUGACUUGGCCUACAGCACCAUGCAGUUGGUGGAGGUGCGUCACAACUUCCAGGACACCCAGUUCCAGAAUCCCACCUGGUGUGAAUACUGCAAGAAGAAGGUUUGGACCAAGGCUGCCUCUCAGUGUAUGGUCUGCACCUAUGUUUGCCACAAAAAGUGCCAGGACAAGUGCCUCACUGAGAAUCCUUUCUGUGUGGCAGCAACUGAGCGUCGUGGAGCUGACCCUGAAGCCAAAUCCACCAUAAACCGGGCCACCACUGGCUUAACUCGGCAUAUCAUCAACACCAGCUCCCGUUUGCUUAAUCUCCGCCAGGUGCCCAAGACUCGGCUGGUUGAGCAGGUGGCUGAUGUGGUGCCUGGAGUGGUAGAGCCCUCACCCAAGCAUACACCCAACACCUCAGACAAUGAGAGCAGUGAUACUGAGACCUACACCAGUGGCGCCAGCCCCUCAAAGCAGCCCUCUGGCAGCGGUGGCAGCAGUAAACUUGUACGCAAGGAAGGUGGGUUGGAUGACAGUGUGUUCAUUGCUGUGAAGGAGAUAGGUCGUGACCUGUACCGGGGACUGCCCACAGAUGAACGCUCUCAGAAGCUUGAGUUGAUGCUGGACAAAUUGCAGCAGGAAAUUGACCAGGAGCUGGAGCACAAUAAUGCUCUUCUGUUGGAGGAGAGGGAGGCCACAGAUGCCCGACGCAAGGCCCUAAUUAGUACAGCCCUGGCCAAGUCUGGGGAGAGACUCCAGGCCCUCACCCUGCUAAUGAUCCACUACCGAGCAGGCAUUGAGGACCUGGAGUCAGUGGAGAGCACCUCUCCAUCAGAGCAGCAAGGCUUUAAGGGCAAAGGAGAAACCCUGGAGGAAGAGGCUCUGAUGGGGACAGAGGUCUAUGACAGUGACAUAUGCAGCCCUGUGGAGGUGCAGCUGCUGGAUGACAUUACUGAGGAGCAAAUCUGUGUUGAGGCACUCCACUAAGUAAGACUAGAAAAAAGAGGAGGAAUAAGUGCUUUAGGCUCUGGCCUCCCAGCAAAUUUCUGUCUUUUUGAGAUUGGGAAAUUUCAGAAGUCUGUUUUAAAUAUUUGGGUGUUGGGGUCCAGUUUUUGAUUCACAUGCUUUUUUUAUUUUAUGUGAAACAGAAAGCAUGGGUAUAAAGCAAGGAAUAUCCUUCCUAAGGAGUCAUGGUAAACCUGUUACUGAUGUUUUGAUUUGCACAAUGUGAUGCUGUUUCCAUGCUCUUGGUUUUUAAAGGGAAGCUUGAGAGCUAGACUAUUAUCUGUCCUCAGUAGUGCUGCAUGUGUAUUCUUGAGUUUUGUUUUUCUGUGGCUUCAAAAUGUCAUUGUUAGCAUUUAAUUUACUUUGCUUUAUUGUCUCUAACUGCUUUGACAUAAGGACUUUAGAAAAUGCACACUUCUGUGGUGUAUUGGUCUGAAUCAUCUUAACAUUGGAGAAGGAAAAAAUGAAGAAAAUAGUUGUUCAGAAUUUGUUUGCUGUGAGUAUCAGUCCCAUGUGAAAGUGAAUAUGAGUCUAAUCAGUCAUACAUAUCUUUUUUUUUUAGCACUUUUUUUUACCAUAAUAUAUUUGGAUUUUAAAAGAACCUAGCCUGUUCACAAAGAUGUUUCAGACUUCAGCAGCUGCAUAAUUAAUAGUGCAAUCCUUUAUAAAAUGUCUUUAUUCUUUUGGUGUAUUUGUUUGUAUUGGUUAGGCCAAAUAUAUUUGAGCAUAUAACACAUUUUCUUUUUUGUGGGAGGGUGUAAGAAGGUAACUUAUUGUCCUGGGUUAUAAUUUUGAACCAGUUCUUUUUGAUUGUUUGUCAUGUUUUGUUCAGAUAUCUUCAAACCCAACUGUGGCACAUUGAUAACUGAUCAAAACUUUCAGGGGGGCAAUAUAGGUAAGCCACAUAAUUGACUUUUUUUGAUCGAUCUGUGAAUGAAUGUUACUCAGAAGCUCUUAUGAUGUUUGACAUUUAUUUAUUUAAUUUAGUGUAUGUGUACAUGAAGAUGAUGUCUAUGCUUCAAAACAUGAUUUAGUGCAGAUCAUUUGCCUUCAUGAGUUGUUUUCUUACCCAGAAGACUUUAGUCGUUAUUGUGUUUUGUGUAUGUACAGCUGUUUGGCACAGCCUCCACCAUUUUUUUGCAUCAUCAUCAAUCAUUCAUGUAGCCUGCAGUUACAUUGACAUCACAUGUACCCAGCUACAGCUCCAAAGUGCUUUACACCCUUCACUGGAAUCACUGGAAAAAAACUUUUGUAAAGAGGAACUAUCUGACUAUUUACUAUUUUUAUUCCAGUGGCUCCACAUUACAUAUUUCCAGCACAAUACAAUUGUUUGUUAGUGGAUACUUAGUAAGAUUGACUUUGAUAGUGUUCAAAAAAUAUUAACAGCAGUGAGCAGGUUUUGACAUCAGUCCAUCAGAAUUGUAACGUUUAACAUACAGCGAGUAGAGUUAAUGCUUGAUAGAAAGUACAUGGGCAGCCAUUCUAAAAACUGCCCUGCUUUCAAAAAUUAGAUGAUGAAACAUGAUCCAGAAUCCAGUUGGAGUAAUAGAUUGAAGGAGGCUUAGCAGACGCUAAAACACUGCAUGAAUGUGAAGCAUCUGGACAGUUAUCAAGGCAGCAGUUUGUCCUGACUAUCAUGAUGUAAACAGUAGAAAUAUGCUGUUUCAUGCUACAAGGUAAUCUACCAAUAAUGUGUGCUUGCAAGUAUUUGAUUGUCCACUGUAGCACUUUGCAAGUUGAGCCAGUUUUAAGAUUCUUGCUGGAUGACUGUAAUUCCUGCCAGAGACUCUGCCUUGGCAUCAUAAUAACCUCAUUCAUUUUCAUGCUGUGCUGAUGGUGGUCUGAAUGCAGCCCAACACAUUUAUAUACAUUCUCUGUGGGGAAAGUAAGGGUAAAUUCUUAAUAUGCUUCAGACUAAGAGCAUCUGAAAACUUGUAGCCAACAGAGAAGGAUAUGCAGAACCAAUUACUUCAUCACUUUUGUGUGAACAAGUACAAUUACAACAGCGGAGACUUUGUCUGUUUAUAUGAGCCCUAUACUGAUACUGAGGUCUUGGAGACACAGCUGCCUGUUGGCUUUUCUCCGAGUGUUGGAAUUUAGUUCAUGGUUUAGUUUCAUGGUACUUGGAAACUAGCCUAUAAAGUUAUAGAAAUAUAAUUUGUUUUUGCUGUGUCACAUUGCUUCCUCAUGGCCUGACAGAAUUGUCCAUGGUCUGGUACCAGUACUGGGGAUUGGAAGCCACUGCUUUAGGCCUAGGAUUCUGUUUUUUCUUGACACAUCUUUAGAUUUUCUAGCAUAAAGUACAUUAAACAAACUGAUGGUAGAUUAAAAAAAUCAGUAAUAUGCAUUGAACAACAGUUGAGUGUAAGUUAGGAGAGAGUAGAUUUUUAAUGUAACUUAACUCCAGAAUGACUUAUUCAAGCUCAUGUGACAGAAGAAAUCAAGCAGACUUACGUUUCCUGUUCUUUUCUGUGGUAGAUAUGUUGCUCAUGUAGAUGUUGGCUUACUGGCUGCUGUACUUGUCAUUUUCUCUCCAGUCUGUCUCGAGAUUCUUUGUGCAAUAUUUUUGUAGGAAAUGAAGCUGAUUAUCAAGAAUAAAUCCCAGUGUCUGUGAUUACUCUUCUUUUCUCUUUGGAAUUGUGCAGUCUGUGUGCCCAUUUGUCUACUAAUGUAACCUGAGGUUUUUUUGGGGACCAAGGGGAGCCUGAGAACAGUUCACUCUGAGAUUAUUUUGGCCUGAGAAGCACUGCUUUUGCUGCUGCUGCUGUUACAAUGUGCUCUUCCACAGAACUCAUAAUCACAUGCUUCUGCUCCUUCCACCUCCCCUUCCCCCAGCCCUAACCUUUGAAACUGCACUUACAAUAUGACUGCCCACCACGGCUUUCAGCAGGUCAGGAUGGUGUUUGUUUCUGUUUGUGUAUGUGAGGGAUGUUGUACACAGUUUUUGAGAAGGCUCGUGUGAUAAAGCUUUAUUGUACAUAACCUAAAUAAACAAGCUCAAAUGAAUUCA